AUGGCGCUGGGGCGCAAGGUUCGCGAGCUGCGGCGGCUGGUGCCCGGCGCCGCGGUGUUGCCUGCCGAGCGCCUGCUCCUCCGUACCGCCGACUACAUCGUGCGCCUCCGGGUGAGGGUCGAGCUGCUCAGGGCGCUCUCGGAGCUCAUCGCCGUGACCAACCAUGGCGGGAUUAUCGGCGGCGGCGGCGGCCAUCACGACGGUGACGAUGCCACUAGCAAUAAUCUCUAG